AUGAAAACAUUAUUGAAAUCUUCACUCGCCUCAACAUCUUCGCAAGCUAUUAAAAAACGAAAACUUAACGACAACGUUGUUCAAAAUAAUGAAAUUUCCUUACCGACGAAAUCAAAAAUUCCGGCUUCUGAUUUAUUGGAUAAUACAAAAAAUUUAGUUUCUACUUUUGAAGCACGAAAAGAUAUUUCUUACUACAUAGGAAAACAGUGGUCAGCUGAAGAAAAAAUAGAUAUUUUAAAAAAUAUAUGGGGACCUGAUCCAAAUUAUAAAUUUCCUCAAAGUGGCAAUAGGAACUUAAGAUUUCAAAUAAAUUGGACGUAUGAGUUCUGUUGGCUUCGUUACUCAAAAAUACAAGAUGGGGCUUUUUGUUUGACCUGUAUUUUGUUCCCACCAUCAGAUGGAUUAGGAAAGGGUGGUCAUCAAAAUCCUGGGAAAUUAGUUAUUGAAAAAUAUAAUAAUUGGAAAAAAGCCAAAGAUUUAUUUAAAAAAGUUGAACCAAUUGACAGACAGAUAAAUGAAGCAUUAAAAAAAGAAAUUAAUGAUAACAGAGAUCGUCUCCGUCCAAUUAUAAAAACCAUUUUAUUUUGCGGAAAUCAAGGAAUUUCGUUAAGAGGGCAUAGAGAUUCGGGAAUUAUUGAUCUAAAUGAACAUGCUAGUACAGAAAAUCAGGGAAAUUUCAGAGAGCUAAUUAAAUUUCGAAUCGAUUCUGGUGACAAUGUGCUUAAAAAUUAUUUAGAAACUGCCAAUAAAAAUGCCACCUAUUUAAGUCCAUUGAUCCAAAACGAAAUAAUAUCAGUCUGCAAUAAAUUAAUUCUAGAACAUUUGGUAGCUAAUGUUAAUAAAUCUAAAUCGUUCACCAUUUUGGCUGAUGAAACGACAGAUGUUUCUAACAAAGAACAAAUUACAUUAUGUGUUCGUUAUGUCGACUUAGACGCAAAUAAAAUUAGAGAAGACUUCUUACAAUUUAUCGAAAUUCAAAAUAUGUCAGGAAAAGGAUUAUCUGAUGUUAUAUUGAAAAGUAUGACUGACUUCGGACUAAAUACUAAAUAUUUAACUGGGCAAGGGUACGACGGAGCUGCAGCAAUGAGUGGCAGAUAUAAUGGCGUACAAAAAUUUAUUCGGGAUGAACAUCCUAGUGCCUUUUAUUUACAUUGCAGUGCUCAUUGUUUAAAUUUAGCUAUAACUUUUAGCUAUAAAGUCCCAGAGAUAAGAAAUUGUAUGGGUACUACACAAAGUGUAAGUACUUUUUUUGGUUAUCCAAAAAGGCAAAGUAUUUUGCAAUUAUCAAUAGUAGAGAUAUUUCCACAGACUAAUCGUUUUAAACUAAAAAAUCUAUGUGCAACUCGAUGGGUUGAUCGCCAUGAUGCAGUUAUAUUAUUUGAAGAACUUCAACCAGCCAUUUUACAUGCAUUAGAUAGAAUUACACUUUGGCCAGAUUCUGACACUUCUAGUUCUGCAAGUCAUCUACUUACUGGUCUUACUGCGAUACGACAGUUAAAAUUUCAAACUGCUUUAGCUAUUUUAGUAAAAAUACUUUCCAUAAGCUUCCCUCUCAGCCGCUAUCUUCAAACAGUAAAUCUAGAUCUAAAAACUGCACUAGAAGCUGCAUAUAAUAUUCAAAAUAAUAUUCAGGAAAUUAGAGAAAAUUGUGAUGUACAGUUUCAACAAUUAUUUUUAUCUGUGAUAACAUUGUGUGAAAAAUUUGAUAUUACUGUUAGUUUGCCACGUCAAUGUAAAUCAGAUAAUCCAGAAUAUUUUUUGAGAGUCUCAUUAUUCAUACCUUUUAUAGAUAAUUUUCUAGACCAAUUGAACGAUAGAUUUAUAUCACACAGGAUUGUCUUGAAUAAUUUUGAUUGUAUUUUACCCAAGAUAGAAAUGAAAAUAUCUGAAGAGAUUAAAGGUAAAUUCAAACAGUUAGUAGAAACAUAUCAAGAUAUAGUUGAUGAAUGUAUCGAUUCAAAUUUAAAUGAUAAUUUAUUAAACGGAGAAUUAGAUUUGUGGUACACUAAAUAUUCAACUUUAACAUCUACUGAACUCAAGAACAAAAAUGUUAUUGAAGUAUACUUCCAAACCUGUCCAAAUGUUUAUCCAAUAAUAUCUAAGCUUCUUCAAAUAUUCAUUACACUUCCAGUAUCUACUGCCACGGGAGAACGAUCGUUUUCAACACUCCGUCGUUUAAAAACUUAUUUAAGAAAUUCUUCUGGACAAAUUCGUUUAAAUGGUUUAGCCUUACUUAAUAUUCAUCGCGAUAUUAACGUGGAUAUUAAUGAUGUUCUAGAUGAACUUGCUAAAAAAUCGAAACGAAAAUUGAAUAUAAAUGAAAAUAUAUUAGAAGUUGAUCACAAUUACAAGACUAUUGUUAAUCAUAUUCCAGAAAUAGUUGAUAUCGCUGGUGAUCCUUUAGAUCCAAUUAACAGAAUGCCAGAAAAUAGAUAUGAAAGGUAUGACAGAAUAAAAAAAGGUCCUUUUCAACCAGUUAUUACAUUUCCAAGGAGACAGAUUGGGGUUUCAAAUAGAAGUUUUCAUGCUCUUUGGUAUAAAGAUUUUAAUUGGCUAGAGUAUAGUUCAGCUUUGGAUGCUGCUUUUUGUUUUGCUUGUCACUAUUUUAGCAUGGACAUAACAUCACAUAGAGAUCAUUCCGAUCCUGCCUUUAUUAGUACUGGAUUCAGAGGAUGGAACAUAGCUACAAAAAAAUUCAAAUUACAUCAAAUGUCAUCUAUUCAUAUAAGUAGUGUUCAAACAUUAUCAUCAUAUUUAAAAGAAAUUCCCAUUGAUGUACAACUAGAAAAGAAUUAA